AUCGCAGUAUCGUUCUACGUACCAGCCAACAAGAAAAGUCCACUUCCUCAUACCUCCCCCUAACCCCCUCCCGCCGCGUUGCCCGAUUCGCCGCCGCUGAGCUCGCCGGAGAAGCGGAGGGGCGGCUCUCGCGGGCCGCCAUGGGGCCGCCGCCACAGCCGGCCAAGGGAGGCAGCAUCGACAUCCAGGCGUCCGCGCGGCCGAUCGCCGUCGACCACCGCAUCAAGCUCCCCUACUACUUCCGCAUCGCCGGCAACCUCCUCCGCCAGGCUAAGAUAUACCGAGACGAGAAGAAUCUCGUCGACCUGUAUGUCAUCCUCCUGCGAUACUCGAGCUUGAUUUGCGAGACGAUUCCGAAGCAUCGUGACUACCCUACAUUCAAGUUGAGAGAAGUGGAUUUCUUCAGACUUGCUCCGCAUAACCAAUCUAAACUCAUUGAAGUGCUCAGUGAACUUGAGUCACUGAAGCCAGUUGUGCAGCGGCAAGUUGCUGAGCAUAACAGAGCAAGAGGAGGUGCCAUCCAAUCUAAUAGCAGUAUAAAUAGAACCGUGGCUGUAAAUAAUAUAUCACAGCAGCACAUGGCAACCCCAUAUACCUAUCAGCCAUUUGUAGGAAGUAACAAUGGAUCAUUACAAAGAUUUGUCCCUGGUGGGAAUCAUGAAGUGGCACCGAUAAUGAGUGCUCAACCUGAUAGGCGGACCCACAAACAAUUUGUAAAUCUACCUUUCCCUAAAGAGGAAACAUUAGCUAGACAUUCUAUAUUGGGACCUAAUGGGCUUCAUGGGCAAUGGACUGGGCCUGUUACUGCAAUCAAGGUUCAGUAUCCAAGCAAUCUUGAUCUAAUAAAAAGCGAUGUCUCUAGUUUAUUGCCAGUUGUCUUGAACCAAGAUGAUCAGAAUGGUCUCAGUACAAUAUCCACAGAUAGCACUCAAGUUGAGAAUGAUGAUAUGAAAUCUGUUUUGUCUCUUGAUGAUGGUCGAUGGUCCAAACCGGCAGAAGAACACACCUCUGUACCUUCUGCUAUUCUGGAAGAAGAGUUGUCCCAAUUGAGUAUCAGACAGCCUUCACCUCCUCCGGUCUUGGCAGAGUUAGAGCGCAAGCCAAUUGCUCCAUCGGAAGUUGCUGAUCCAACACCAGGACUUGCUACCUCAGAAACCAGGGGUUAUCAGAGCUUACAUGUUCCGGUAAAGUUGAUGGAGUGUUUUCUAAGGGUUGCUGAGGCAAAUACUAAGAGAAGUUUAGAAACUUGUGGGGUUCUUGCUGGUACCCUGAAAAAAAGAACCUUUUACAUUACUGCGUUAAUAAUUCCAAAGCAGAAAUCUACAUCUGAUUCAUGUGAAGCGACAAAUGAAGAUGAAUUAUUUGAUGUUCAGGACAAGGGCUCGCUUUUCACUCUUGGUUGGAUUCACACACAUCCAACACAGUCCUGCUUCCUGUCCUCCAUUGAUCUCCAUAACCAUUAUUCUUAUCAGGUGAUGUUACCUGAAGCAAUUGCAAUAGUUAUGGCACCUACUGACACAAGGAGAAAACAUGGUAUAUUUCAUCUCACUGAUCCUGGUGGUAUGGGCGUGAUCCAUGAUUGUCCGGAGAGAGGAUUCCAUCCGCAUAAGGCGCCUCUAGAUGGCUCACCAAUAUAUGAGCAUUGCUCCCAUGUGUAUAUGAACUCCGAUGUAAAGUUUGAUGUGAUCGACCUUCGAUGAUGGUGAGAACUUUCAACUUCAUUCGCGGAAACUGGACUGGCAGCUGAACAAGUUGGCUGCCUUUAUUUUUUUUUAACUAUGCUGAAGAAUCUCGAAUAUCGAUGUAAGUGAUUGUACAUAGCUAUUGCAUGUAUAGAGUUUUAUUGAAUUGAAGAUCUUUGGUAGCUCUGGGGUACUUAUGAAUUUAUUGUAUUUCAUUACACUUUUACCUCUCAAGAAUCGAGAUGUACGUGUCAGACAAGGUGGAAAUGUUCAAUGCCAUUUUUAUGCCAAGUCA